AUGGCGAUUCGAUAUCUCACGCGCGCCGUACUUCCCACUACCAAAUCCCUGGCCGCCAUCUUCUCUCAAUCCUACAGCACAGCCGCCUCGUCCUCUGGCGUCCUCAGCAGGUCCUCUUUCGCCCUGCGCCUCCGUCCUCUCGCCGCCGCCGCUUGCGUCUUCUAUCCUCGCCUCCUUUCUCCGGCGAUAUGUACCAGGUGGUUCGCGACUCCGCAGACAGCGUCGUCUACGAACGAUCAGGACCCGAACUGGUCGAAAUCGGAACCGUUCGACGGUCGCGAUUUCAAACACUGGGCUGUGUUCGUGAAUCUGCCGCCGGAGAUAGUGACGCGGGACCAAAUCAUUGAUUAUUACAUCAAGACUCUUGCUGUGAUUGUUGGGAGUGAAGAAGAAGCUAGGAUGAAGAUUUAUUCGGUCUCGACUAGGUAUUACGUUGCCUUCGGAGCUCUUGUGUCGGAAGAGACGGCGUACAAGAUUAAAGCGAUAUAUAAUGUUGUUUUUGUGCUUCCGGACUUAUACUUGGAUGUGGAGAAUAAAGUUUAUGGAGGUGAGCCAUUCAUCAAGGGCCAGGCUGUGCCAUAUGACCCCAAAUAUCACGAGGUGUAUCUCAGAAACAAGGCUCGCAUGACCAGGCCCAUCGACAUUGUCAAGACACGGAACUUCGAGAGCAUGGACAAUCGAAACAACGGAGGGCCACAGAACUCAUGUUAG